AUGGCGGCCGCCGCCGCCGCCGCUUCGGGGCUCAGGGUGAUGACGACACAGCGCGGGCCGGCGCGGGCCGAUGACGACACGCCGCCAAAGGAACCGCCAGCGCAUGCGCACAGACACCAUGCUGCUACGGAGCCGCUGCCACGCAUGCGCAUUCGCCUCGGGGACGGCGUCCCUGCGCAGCGCAGCGCAGCCUGCACGCACGGCUGGGGGGGGAACGGAGCGCCCGCAGGGACCUCCUCGGGAGCCUCCCCUGCCUGUUGCUGUGUCCUUCUCCCCGGCCAUGAAUGUGACUCCGAGCAGAGUCCUGACCCAACCCAGGACAGCUACGUCUGUGGCGUUCACAGCGUGAGCUCCCUCUGCAAAAUGUACUUCAGGGAGCUCCCAAACCCUCUGCUGUCCGACCGGCUGUAUGAGCAGUUGUCAGACACAGUUCUUUAUCACGGCGCAAGUCCCUGUGGGUGUCUUCUCCUUCCACAAAGCUGCUCACACUGGAGGAGGCACAGGCACAGACGAGGCCACAGCAACUCUCCCGUUGUGUCAGACAGCAGAGAGAUUGAAGCGGAAGAAGGCCCCGCAGCUUUACAGGGGAAAUUUUACCCGGUCAGUGGCUUUCCAUCCGAAAGAAAAAGUCCAGCCAAUGAGAUGAAGAAAUCAGCAGCUGGCAGUUGGCAUUCCUGUUUCAGCCUGGGAAAAUCACCCUCUGUGGCCAAACAGAUUGCAGCGCAGACCCAGGAGCCCUCAGAAGCAAAAGUCGUGGCCGUGGCAGGUGAAUCUAACCGGUUUCGACCCAGAAGACCCAGGCCCAGUAGUGGUGCGCUGUGCACGUCCUUCAGUGCAGAGCUGUCAGGAAGCACGAAUCGCUGCAGUUCUGAUGACAACAACAAUGGGGAUAAGGAACAACAAUGGGGAUAAGGCGCUCAUCUGCGUUCCUGCCCCCAUGUCUCUUGGCUCUGCUGAAGAUGCUGACCUGAGCCCACCAGCCAUGGCAGUCGCUAGCCUGGAUUGUGACUCAGUGUCCUUCCAGUGCAGCCCACCUCAUGCAGAGUCUGAGUGCCCGGGCAGCAGCACCUCCAUGAGGAGCAGGUCGGCAUCGCUGAGGAGGACUUAUAAUCAGGCAGCCAGUCCCAGGCACCGGGAGGCACACACAAGCGUGAUGCAGUCACGCUGCUCUCUGAAUUCUGUGCUUGAUUAAUCCAAAGAAAUCUUUAUGCCAUGAUGAGCAAACCAUGCUAUCUACCAAAUGAUGUCACAAUCUUCUUUCUCAACCUUUGCUUCCCUUUCCUGCACAGGAAGCAGCAACCUGCUGGCCAUCAGAGCGUGUCAGUGGUCAUCAGAAGGCUUUGUUGGCUGUCAGAGGGCUCCACUGAUCAUGAGAGAUCUUCCCUGACCAUCAGAGGGCUUCAUUAAUCAACAGAGGGUGUCAUCGGUCAUCAGAGAGGAGAUUUGAGGAUGUCGGUGAUCAUCAACAUCUUCAUUGGUCUUCAGAGGACCCCACUGGUCAGCAGAGGAUGUGAAAAGGUGUCACUGACCACGGAGAAGCCUUGUCCCUGCAGGCCCCUCUUGAGCUACUGAAGGCCGCUCUUAGGUCUCCCCGGAUCCUUCUCCAGGCUGCCAAGUUCAAUGCAUACCAAGAAAUGCUUCAUGGAGACAAAUCAGUGGAACUGUAAAGACUAGAAUGUCUUUAACCUCAACAGAGUAAUUUUCAAAAGUCAAAUGGGCUCUGUUAUAGAAGCUAGUUAUGUGAUAGCAAAUCUGACGGCAGGAAAAUCCAAACCAUUUCCCGAUGGUGACUUUGUUAAGCAAUGUAUGGAAAACACAACAGGCAUAAUGUGUCCUGAUUUAAAACACAAAAACCAGGUGUCUUCUGCAUCUCCUAAGGGUUCCUACUGGUUCUCCAGGAGUUUCGCUAAGGAAAGAUGCUGGGUUGACAGUAUUGGCUUCUACAUCAUCCUGCUCUAGUGCAACUGCUACUGUUCUUCCCAAUUUCUUUCUUUCCUUACAAUCCCUGUUUCCGUAUACUCUGCAAGCCCCCUCUAUUAAUUUGCCCAGGUCCCUUAGCUUCCCAGGUACCUCACCCGUUCCUUUAAUCUGUGGAAAAUAAAGCCAUCCUUGCCCUGACUAGCAAAAGACCUUGGGAGGUGUAAACAAGUUCAGCAGACAUGGAGGGACAGAGUUUCCUCUUUCAGAAAAGCUGAAAGAUUGUAACUAUUCAUGUCAGACAGACCCUCUCAACACAGUCAGGAGUUGUCUAGCUUGUACACCUGGCAUGGGUGUGAGCAGAGGCUAUAAAGACCAUGGGCAAGCCCCACCAAACCUGAGGUGGCUUGACAGCGAAGAGUGGAGAAGCCCAGCUCCAGUGUCAUGUACUUCAGGGCAGGAUGGAAGAUCCAGCACUGCCACACGCAUUGGCAAGAGGGUCACGUUUAAUAAGUGCAUACUGACCAAGUGCAUAUUGUUCAUCACACACAAUAAAAGUUUUUGUUGUGCACUAA